AUGUUACUUAAAACUCCGCAAUAUGAUUUAAGGGGGCACCCAGAGGUGUAUGAGCCGAGCGAGGAUUCGUUCUUGCUCCUUGAUGCACUUGAACAAGAGUUGGGGUUUUUGGAGGCGAUGGAGCCGGUUUUUGCCCUGGAGAUUGGGUCAGGAAGCGGGAUUGCAAUCACAGCCUUGGCGACAAGUCUCAAAUGCGAAUGUUUUGCCACUGAUAUUAAUCCGGAUGCGUGUGUGGCAACGAGUGAAACAGCUAAGUUGAAUAGGACCAAAGUGAAUUGUGUCAACAUGAAUUUGUUUUUUAAUUUUAGGGAAAAUUUGUUUGAUAUUAUUUUAUUUAAUCCCCCGUAUGUCGUUACAGACUCUGCGGAAAUUAGCGGUUAUGGAUUGAGUAGAGCGUGGGCUGGGGGCCGUACAGGUCGCGAGAUUACUGACAGGGUGCUCUGUAAUUUACAACAUUUUUUGACACCAAAAGGCGUGUGUUAUAUGGUGAUUUUGAAAGAAAAUAACAUUGACGAAAUUAUGUCUCUUGUGUGUAAAAAUAUCUUUCGUUCGGAAGUAAUUAAAGACAGGAAAAUAAGAGGAGAACAUUUAUUUAUACUAAAAUUUUCAAAGGCUAUGUAGAAAAGUAUAUUGAUUGGUCUUGUGGGUAUAAAAAUGUUUGAAAUAUGGUAUUAAAUAAUUAUACAAAAUAAAUAAGAAAAUUUGGAGUUUUGAAG